AUGCAGCUGAUUACCAUCCUGGGUCUUGCCGCCGCCGUGGCCAGCGCUAAGCCCACCGUCUACUUCAUCCGCCACGGCGAGAAGCCUUCCGACGGCGACGGCCUCAGCGCCCAGGGCAUGCAGCGUGCCCAGUGCCUGCGCAACGUCUUUGGCGCUAGCUCCGGCUACGACAUUGGCUACAUCAUGGCUCAGACCCCCAAGUCCAGCGGCAAGCGUCAGCGCCCCCUGGACACUGUCAAACCUCUCGCUGCGGAUCUCGGCCUCAGCGUCGACACUUCGUGCGACCGCGACGACCCCAAGUGCGUCAAGAAGGCUGUCAAGAACUAUCGUGGUGACGGCAACAUUCUCAUAUGCUGGGAGCACAAGGCUCUCCGUGACCUCGCCGAGGAGCUUGGCGCCGACAACGUCGACGACUACCCCAGCGACCACUUCGACUUGAUCUGGGUCGACCAGUCCCCCUACAGCAAGAUUAACGACAUCCAGACCGAGAACUGCCCUGGCAUCUGA